AUGGACUCAAUUUAAAUAAGAAAAUCCUAAGAAAGUCAGGAAAAGAUGGUUGAAUUUGUAUGUUUAAAUGAGUUUUGCUCUGAAUUUCGUUUGUCUUGUUUUAAGAGUAUAUAAAAAGGCUGUCAUUUAAGUCAUUAAAAAGAUUUGAGAUAAAUUGCAGAGGUUUUUAUAUACUUAUCUAAUCAAUUAAAUAUUUGCGAUCAAUUAUUAAAUCAAUUAAUUAAUCUUAAUAAGAGUAUGCAUUAAAUAUUUGAUAAAUUCUAAAAAAAUUUUAAUAAAAGUUCCUUAAUUGAUGUUGAAUAAUUAAAGAAAACAAAUUCUUAAUUUAAUGAUACCUUUUUUAAUUUGAUAGAAUUAAAAAUUGGGUAAAAUACAUUGAUUUCUACAAUAACUUAAAAUAGAGAAGCUUUAAUGAAAUCAAUGUAAAUAGGCUUUAUUAAUUAAUAAAAAUCAGGAUAAUAAAAUUUGAUAAAAGUGAAUAUAUAUUAUAAAUAAUAGAUUUAAGAUUACUCAUAAUCAUUAAAGUUCUCAACAAUGUAUAAGCAUAAUAAUUGUUAAGUAAGUUAUGAUGGAAAAGUUAUUGAGACAAAAAAUGGUGGUUGGCAAUGUUGUAUGUGUGAUUAAAUAAUACCUAAAGAUUAUAAAAUUUAAUUUGCUAUUAAAAUUAUUGAGAUGGGCUAUAUUAUGAUAGGAAUAGGUGUUAGAGAUAUUGUAUAAAGUUAAGGUUUUAGAAAUUGUUAUGAGAUUGGUGGAGGGUAAUUUAAAAGAUUUUAAUAGUUAUAUAUAGAACAUAUAAUAUUUAAUAUAGUGGUUCAUGUUGGAAUCAUGAUUAAUAGGAUAAAUAAGGUUAAUAGAUUUCAUUUCCAUUUUCUAUUAAUGAUAUAAUUAUUGUUGAAGUAGAUAUCUAAAAUAAAUAUGUAAAAUGGAAUAAACAAUCUACAAAUCAAUCAUUUGUAAUUAUUUUUAUUUAUACUUCUAAGACACUUACUAUUGAUACAUCCAAUGAUUUGUAUCCAUGUGUACAUUUAUUCAAUUAAUCUAAAGUAGAGAUAUUAAAUGAAAUAUUUUAAUGA